UUCCGACAUCAUUUCAGUAGAUAACGUGUACCGUCAGCUGCGUUAUCGUCUACGAAAAUUAUAUUAUUUCUGUGUGGUGAGAUCGUGCUAUAAGGUUUUGUCCGAUUAUUAUUAUUAAAUAUUUAUAUUGCCCAUAUUAUUAUUAUUUAACAGGUGAUUGUGCCUCUAGUUCGACGAUAGGAGUGUUUUUCGUAUUAUUAUUAUUAUUUUUUUUUAACUGCGGUGGCGUUUUAAAGUGUACAGGCUGAACAAGAAUCUGUGAAAUUCGUUAUCAAGAUGGCGAAGACCGGGGGUUUCAGGAAUCCAGAGAGGAUUGGGAUAGGGAUUGCGGCCACGGCCGGCCUGGCUGCUUGUGCUGGUAUCUUGAGCACGAGAAAGGCCCAUCAGAUGUGGUCAAGCAUCAAGAGGGUUUCUUGGAAGGAUGAACAUCUGAUUGGUGGCAUGGUGUACGAGGAGGUGAUCAUCGACCCCCCGGAGUUUUCCGAUCCGGCAAUUCUGGCAGUUAGGGACGGUCCCAAGUAUCGUUACUCCAAGGAUGAGCUGUUGGGUCUGAAGGAGGUGCCGCUAUCUAAGAAGAAACCGGAUUUUAUCAACGCGGAGUGUGUACCGCCCAGCAUCUGGGACCCGGAACGUUGGGGCGACGCCAAGAAAUCGGCCACGCCCACCGACGCGCCGACCGGCGGCGUAGGCGGCGGCGGCAAGGGCGACGUCUCGCUGCAGCCGGACGGUAGGCGUGGCCGGCCCGGCGACCCGAGGGAACGCCUGCGCAAGGAGAACGACGGCAUCGUGCUGAGUCCGCAACGGCGCAGCUUCAACACCGGCUGCUUCGUGCCGGUGCGCGAGCAACCGAACCACAACGGUCGGCCGAGGGCCCACAGUCCGAUAGGGGGCGCUGGCGGCGCCAAGGGCGACAACGCCCACAUCGGCCCGCGGGAGGUGCCGUCGAACUCCGGCGGCGUCGGCAGCAGGAGGAUCGGCAGCGGCAGGAUACUGAGGGAUUCCUGGGAUUUCAACGACAAGAACGACGGCGGAGACAACGAUUAUUACCGGAACCAGGACGAUCGGCGGCCCUUCAGGAGGGAUUUCGACAUUUCGAGGGACAAGGACAAACAGCAGAGGAACAGCAUGGGGCGAUACGGCAACAGGCGGAUAUCCGGGGGUGAGAAAGACGAGGAACCAGAGUGGUUCUCCGGCGGUCCCAUGUCUCAGAACGACACGAUCGAGCUGCGCGGCUUCGACGAGAGCGAUAGGGGCGGCAUGGGCGGCGGCAACAAGAAGAAGCUGAACUCGUCGCAGGCCAAGAGGGUGCGCGAGUGGGCCAAGAAGAAGGGCGGCGCGUCGGAGGAUAAGCCCGAAGAGGAUCAGCAGCAGCAGCAGCACGCCGAGAACGGACAGAAGCCUCAGAAUCAGCAGGCGGAUACGAAGGGUGGCGAGUCUGAGACUAAGCAGGACGGAGGGGGUGCCGUCAACGGGCCUCGAAACGACAACGUUGAGAAGAAUCAGGAUCAGGAUCAGCAGAACGACAAUGACAAGGAGAACCGCCAGGGUCACAAUCCGCCCUCCACCACCGGGGGGAUGGAAAUCAUCAACGAGAAUUCGUUCAUCUUCGACGAUAUCUUUAAGUGCGACACCUUUCCCGGACUUCUAUCGAACGGCGUCGAAGGCACGGCGGACAACAACACCAAGUCCAAGUUCAGCCGCUGGUUCAAGCGCGAAUCGCCCGACAAGACGGAGAGCCGCAGGUCGUCCAUGCAGGAGGAGCACCUGCUCAAGAACCUGCUGAACGACAUCAACGAGCCGAACGCGUCGGCCGCGGCCGGCGGCAACGUGGCCGUCAACAUACCGCAACUCGGCAGUUCCGAGUCUUACUUCGCGCCCAUAUCGCCGGCGGCCGUGAACGCGGUCGCGGGCGAACCGGGCAACCCCAAACCGGCCUCGGGGCAGGUCAACAUCGCCGACAUGUUCCAGAGGGGCAAGCAGGCGUUCGGCGGGCCCAAGGCGGCGCAGCAGCAGAGCGACAUGCUGAACAACAUCAAGACUCAGUUCCCAGGUAAAGUGCUGAGUCUGAACGAGCUUGAAUCGAACAUCAGGAAGGGAUUGGACAUUUCCGCCGGUCAGAAUCAGAACAAACACAUGAUCAAGAAGGACGACGACAUGGCCGCUUUCAAGAGACUGUUGGCACAAGUUUCCGGAGGACAGGUCGUGCCUGCCAACGGCUCCAAUCAUCAGAAGAUGCCCGCGAUGAGCUUGAUGGAGUCCCUGACUCACCUCAUCCCCCAGAUGCUGUCCCAUUCGCAGCAGCAGGACGAGGCGCAGGCGCGGCUCAACUCGCAGAAGCCGCAGCACCUGAUGGGCGGCCCAGCCAGCCCCAAGACCCCCGCCAUGAACCCCCUGCACAGCGAGUUCCUGCUCAAGAUGCAGCAGGCCCAGCAGGAGCAGCAGGCGCACCUACAGCGUCACCAGCAGCAGCAACAGCAGCAGCAGCAGGCCAACAUGCUGAACAAGCUGAUGGGUCUGCACGCCGCGGCCCCGCACCUCAGGUCGUCGCCGCUCCAGGAGCUCGCGCAGCAGCAGAGCAAGGAGCUGCUCAGCCGACCCGAGGCGCAGGCCAUACUGCAAGGCAUGAAAAGAGGCGACAUAACCCCCCAGCACAUCUACCAGCAGCUGGCCAAUCCGGCCCUCCAACCUAGGCACCGGGAGAUGCUCAGCGCCAUCCUGAGGAUCCAGAGGCUGGGGCCCAGUCCCAGGGUGCUCAGCCCCGCGCCCCCCGCCCAUCACAUGUUCCCGCAACAGCAGCAGCAGCAGCAGUUGAGGGUGUCCCCGCUGCCCAACGCGAUGCACCAACGCAUACCCUCGCCGAGGGAGCUCCAGGUGCACACGCAGACCAUACUGCAGAGGGCGCUGAUCAAGAAGAGGCUCGAGGAGCAGCAGGUCAACUUCCGCAAGAAGCAGGAGAUGCAGCAGAUGCCCAACCACGGUUCGUCCAACAAGAACGUGUCCUCGCCCACUCCGUUGGCGUUCACGCCCACCUCGGUCCUGCGCAAAAUGACGGCCGACAAGGAGGACGGGAAUAAGGAGGGCAAGAACGUAGAGGCUAACAAGUUCCAGCAAGGCAGGGCCGUCAUAGGGGCCAGGAUGCAGCAGCAGCAGCCGCAACAGCAGCAGAACAAUCAGUGGAACAGUCAGUAUCACUCUAAACAACCCGGCCGUCCAAUAGUAAAGGCCAACGUCGGCUAUCAGAGCACAGGCGCUGAACAAUUCUUCAACGCCCAACAGCAACAGUUCAUGUUCAAUCAGCAGCAGUCGCGACAGCAACAGCAGGCCAUCGCCGGCCAGCAGCAAGUCGGUGGACAGUUCGGUCAACACCAGAAGUCCUCCCAGUCGAACACUGGCGUCUCCUCUUUGGGCUAUAUCGGUCAGUAUUCUAACCAGUCUAACCAGCAACCCCAACAGUUUCCACAGCUGACGCAGCAGCAGUUGCGCGCGCAGCACCAGCAGUCGCUGCCGGUGUCGACCAGCAGCGCGCAACCGGCGCAACAGCAGCAGACGCAACCGCAGCAAAACUCGCAGAGUUUCUCCCAACAGCAACAGCAGAACACGGCCUGGCAACAGUUCCUCAGCGCUGCGGCAGCUCAGCAAAGUGGCCGUAGCAACAACGCCCGCAAGGAAGACGACAGUUCCAGCGCCGCCGGCAACGUCGCCAGUAGCGGCGGCAACACGACCGCCAAUCAGCUGUCCCGCUGGUUCUCGUCCGAUCUGCUGGAGAGGGCGCGGGUGGGCGAGCUGCCCAGCACGGCGGGCCUUGCCGAGCACGCCGUCAGUCUCGAGGAGAUCGAGAGACAGUCGGCGCCCGCGGUGCACAACUGAGGCGCCCGCCGCAACGCCGGUUCCGUCGACGACUGAUACAUUUCAACGAAUUCAAAGAAGACUAUUCAAAUUGUCGCCUGGACGUGUUUCGUUACAGUUGUCCUCUAAAAAAGUAACUGAUUGUCAAUUUUUUAAUGUAACUGAUUCACUUGUAACGAAUAAAAAUGCCAUUUUUACUCGUUACAAAUAUUCCGUAGAAAGGUGGUUUUGUUCCGAAAAAAAAAAAUAGUUGGUGUCUCGUAGGGAUUUUUUCGAAAAGUUGAUUAUUAUUUUCGAGUUUUGAAUGAAAUAAGGAUGUUCAUUUCAGGUUUGAUGUGUUUUGCCGGAGAAUUUUUGUUUAAUUUGAGUGUCGAAAAAAAACGGAACAAAACCAUUUGUUUGAUAGUGAUAAAUACGUGUUUUAAUCCUGUAUAUGUUGAAAUUGAAUACAUGAUCGUGAAAAACGUUUUAAAAUGAUCCAAAAAAGUUUUAUUUUUAUUUGGGUGUCGGAUGUGUUUGGCAUCCGAUUGAUUUAAUUUUGUAUCAGAUGAAAUUGUUGAACAUCUCUCUUCAUGACAAAUUGUUGUUUUUUCCUAAUCAUCACUGGAAUCAAGGACGUAUUUGAAUUUUCAUAAAUGAUCCAUGUUAACGAUUAUUUCUGUAACUUUUGAAUUUGUAUCAAUAAUGUCAUUCUACAUGAGUCGAAUGAACAGUCGUACUUUCUCCAAAUCCAAAUUAUCUUUUCAUCAGUACAAUUUUAUUGAACGAAAGAAACGUAUUCUCCAAAUUUCUCCAUAUUUGUGUUUGCCGUAAUUGUCUGACAAUUAAAGAACUUAUUCGAAUCA